AUGUCCACUAGUUUCACGGAGCAAGUUGUAAACUUGGGCCACGAGAUAUUGCCCUACUUGACCAGAUGGUACUCGAUCAUUGCCCUUUUGAUUGUCACCUACAUUGUCUCCUUCAACCUCAAGGAUGCAUUUAUGAGCUGGAAGUUGGGCUGCAAAAACCCCGCCCACUUUGCACCCGCGGGAUACACGGGAGUCAAUGGUUUAUACAUGAUUGUCUCUGCCAAGAACCAAGGAAAAUUGGCUGAGUUUGGCGAUAAGUGGUUUAGUGAGUAUAGCAGCGGCACCAUCUACGUCAAGGUGUGCGGUAUCAUGAAGAUUGUCUUUACCAUUGACCCGGAAAACAUCAAGGCAGUUUUGGCUACCCAGUUUAACGAUUACGGCUUGGGCACGAGACAUGCUCAUUUUUUGCCCUUGUUGGGUGAUGGCAUCUUCACUUUGGACGGCAGCGGGUGGAAGGACUCUAGGGCAAUGUUGAGACCCCAGUUUGCUAGAGAACAAAUUGCCCAUGUCAAGUCUUUGGAACCUCAUAUUCAAGUCUUGGCUAAGCACAUUAGAAUGCACAACUUCGAGACGUUUGACUUGCAAGAGUUGUUUUUCAGAUUCACCGUUGACACUGCCACUGAGUUUUUGUUUGGUGAGUCGGUUCACUCGUUGUACGACUCUAAAUUGGGCAUUCCUCCUCCUAAUGACAUUCCUGGAAGAGAAGCCUUUGCCGAUGCCUUUAACAGAUCGCAGCACUACCUUGCCACUAGAACCUAUUCCCAACUCUUUUACUGGUUGUUCAACAGCAAGAGCUUUCGUGAGGAUAAUGCCAAGGUCCACCACUUGGCUCAAUACUUUGUCAAUAAUGCAUUAAACUUUACCCCUGAAGAAAUUGAAGAAAAAUCGAGAGGCGGAUAUAUUUUCCUUUACGAGUUGGUGAAGCAGACUAGAAACCCCAAGGUUUUGCAAGACCAGUUGUUGAACAUUAUGGUUGCCGGAAGAGACACCACUGCUGGUUUGUUGUCAUUCACCAUGUAUGAAUUGGCUAGAAACCCCAAGAUAUGGCAAAAGUUGAGAGAAGAAGUUUUCGAAAACUUUGGAGCUGGUGCCACCGAGGCUGAAGUUGACUCGAUUUCGUUUGAAACUUUGAAAAAAUGCGAGUACCUUAAGUGGAUUUUGAAUGAGGCCUUGAGAUUAUACCCAUCGGUGCCCAUCAAUUUCAGAACCGCGUUGAGAGACACCACCUUGCCCCGCGGUGGUGGCCCCGACGCCAACUCACCCAUCUUUGUCCCCAAAGGCUCGACUGUGGCUUACACUAUCUACAAGACCCACAGAUUGGAAGAAUAUUACGGUAAGGACUCUUAUGAGUUUAAACCUGAGAGAUGGGCCGACAUGAAGCGUUUGGGCUGGGCCUACUUGCCCUUCAACGGUGGUCCUAGAAUCUGCUUGGGCCAGCAGUUUGCCUUGACUGAAGCCUCCUAUGUCAUUGCCAGGUUAGCUCAAUUGUUCCCCACUUUGGAGUCGAGAGACGACACCUAUCCACCAAAAAAAUGCAUCCACUUGACGAUGUCCCUUGAAGACGGUGUCUUUGUUGGCAUGAAGUAG